UCUUUUCUUCUUCCCGUCUCUUUCCUUUCUCUCUUCAUCUCUUCUUGGACGCAAGCAAGCUUGGAGGUCUCCACCCGGCGGCGAUUCCGGCCACCGUCCGGCGGCUCCCAUCCCUCUCCGGCCGCCUCGAUCCGCCAGAACCCAGGCGGCGUCGCCGUCUCUAGGGAUAGCUCCUCAGGAUCAGGAGAUCCUGCACACGUGGGUGGAACAUCAAGUUGACUAGAGCAGGAACAACAGUUAAAGAAUAAGGUAUAGAUCUACAUAUAUAAUUUGAUGAUCUUGCAAGCACCUUGCUUGAGUUAUGGCUUCAAGUAUACUGACAGGAGAUCGAAGAUGGGCUGCUACACGAAAAUCUGGCAUGACUGUUUUGGGCAAAGUUCCGAAGCCCAUUAAUUUACCCAGUCAAAGGUUGGAAACAAUGGUUUGGACCCAAAUGUGGAAAUUGUUCCAAAGGGUACACUCACCUGGGGUAGCCGACCAUCUUCGGCAGCGCCAAAUGCAUGGAGUUCAUCUACUCUAUUAUCACCUAAAACUGAUGGUAGUACUGGUUCGCCAAGCCAUAUUAAUGCUCGCCCAUCAUCUGGGGGAAGUGGCACGCGACCAUCAACUUCUGGUAGUGAUAGAUCCCAUGAGCUUGCUUCUAAUGCAUGGGGUCCAAAUUCACGUCCAUCAUCUGCAUCGGGACUAUUGGCACCAAAUCAGACAUCUAUUGUAGCAACUCGCCCUCGAAGUGCAGAAACAAGGCCAGGAAGCUCUCAGCUAUCUCGCUUUGCGGAAAAUUCAGCAGAAAGUACAGCUGCAUGGGGGUCCGCUAGAACUGCUGAGAGAUUGGGGCCUCCAUCAUCCAAAACUAACGGGUUCACUCUCAGUUCUGGAGAUUUUCCAACACUUGGUUCUGAGAAGAAUUCUGAGUUGCAUGGUCAGCGAGGUCAUAGUUCUCAAAGGCGUCCUGCUUCUGCUUCUGGUACAGAUGCAGCACCAAAAGAAAGGCUGGAAUCUCCUCUGUCUGGGGAUGCCAAGGUAGAUGCAUGUUCAGAGCAGGGAACUAUGAAUACCCAAAAGGCAGAUAAUUACUUGUAUGUCGGAGGUGGGGCCCCACCAAACAUGCACUGGCAGAUGGAACCCCAGCACGUGCAGCAAUAUCCAAGCUUGAACAUGACGCCUCACCAGUUUGACUCAUGGCGUGGUCCUCCACUCCACUCUCCUGAUGGAAUUUGGUAUAGAGGAGGGGGGUUAGGUGGUCCAUGCAGACCAACUGGGCCCCCUGGUGGCUUUCCUGCCGAUCAUUUUGGUUAUUAUCCUCAGUUUCCCCCGAACUCUGAGCCUGUUCCUAGGCAGGGUGCUGGACAGGGUGGAUACCGCCCCAAUAAUGGUGAGACAUAUCGUCAUGUACCCCCUAAUUCAUUUAUGGUUGCCAGUCAUCCUGUUCUCCCAGCUAGGCCUGGAGUUUAUCAAGCUCCAGUGCCCUAUGAUGGCUAUCAUGGCAUGCCUCAAGCAGGCUUUUGCAGUUAUAGUGAGCGAGAGGUCCCCUUCUUGGGAGUAGCUAGUCGGCCAGGUGUUUAUAACCAGCAUCCACAUCAUAAUGGUAAUCUUAACCCAGGACAGUUUCAUGUAAGACCUGGUGGACAUGAUCCACCAAUGGCGACGGAAAGUGAUCAGGCUCAUGGUACUCAUCAAGGACAGUACAAGGUUUUACUAAAACAGCAUGAUCGUUUGGAGGAUAAUAAGUUACAAGAGACAGGGCAACCUGUAGUAUCUAACCCACCACACUUGGAUAAGGGAAGCAAACCGGGGGGUUCUGCACAGGAGGAAAGCUGGUGCACAAAUAGCAGAAAGGAUGAACAGGCAGUACUUGGGAGGUCAAAACCUGAUUGUGAAGGUUUUUCAAAGCCAUCGAGUGACUUUGAAGGUCAUUCUUCAGAACCUGUUAUCAUGGACUCUCAAAAUAAUUCAGACAAAGCAACUGAUGGCAUUCUGAUGAGACCAGAAACUGCUAAUUCCGUGGCACACGAUAGGCAAGGGUAUCCUAUUACUAAAAAGAAUGCAACAUUGAUAGAGAAAAUAGAGGGCCUAAACAAUAAAGCUCGGAGUGCUGAUGGCCACAGUGAAGUUACACCAUUUUCAUUCAGAGAAGAAAAGACAAAAUUAAAGGCUGCAACUAGAAAGGCGGAUCAUUCUACAACAACAAUCUGCUCUAAUGUUAUUCCCAUGGAAAAUGCUCCUUCAUCUGGUAUGGUCAUCCCACCUUCUGGUGAGUUAAAUUCUUCUACAAUAAACAAUGACCUGAAAUCAUCCAGUGAUUGGAAAGCUGUCCCUGGGCCAUCAGAAUCACAAAUCAUUGUAGUGGGUAAGUCAGAUUCUUCAGAACUAGGUGAAGUGGGUCAUUCUCAUAAUUAUAAGAGAGACAAUGCAACGCGGGCUAGAGUUGACUAUCAUGCUAAGUCAAGAAGUAAUAGUCAAGUUGAUGAUGGAUGGACAAAGGAAUCCCCUGGAAGAGACUCCUCAGUGAUAAUCAAUGUGACAAAUGGUGAGGAUGGUCCUCAGGUAGGUGUUCAUGAUGGCCAUUCUUCUCAAGAGGCUGCAACAGAGGAGUUGCAUCAUGCAAUCAACAGUGUGUCAUAUACGUCCUCUUUGGAUUCACUUGAUUACCAAGCCCAGCGUGCUAAAAUGAAGGAGAUAGCUGCACAGCGUGCAAAACAGUUGCAGAUGGAGGAGGAGGAACGGACAAGGGAACAAAAAGCAAAAGCUCUUGCAAAGCUGGAAGAGUUGAACAGGCGAUCUUCUGCACAAAGCUCAAAACAGAAGUCGAAUGAUGCUAUACCAACACGCACUGAUAUGCAGCAUAAACAAGAUUCUGGAGCUGAUGCAGCUCUGAAAACUGAUGCAACAAACAAUGAAGUGCCAGGUGUUAUGUUAGCUGAGAAUUCUGAUGCACUGAUACAAGCAACUGAUAGCAAGCCUAAAGAUCUUCAUGCACCAGCUGAGUUGCCUUCAGAUGUAGCUUCACAUACCUCAACUAAUGUUACCCAAGAUUCUGCAGUUUCCCAUGACCCAUCCUUGGUCCUCAAGCAAGAGACUAAUAGUACUGUGGUUGCUUCCCAGAAAAUGGGUUCACAUAUUCAUGAUACUAGUAUUUCCAAGCAUAAGCAUAUGGGCUACAGAAGAAGGCAAAAUAUGUCAACGGAAAAAAAUGCAGGCGAGAAGCUAGUUGCUUCUGGGAAUAUGGAAAGCCAGAAAAAUCUUGUUGAGAUGGCUGUACAUGCAUCAAUCAGUGAUAGCUUGCCCCAUAACGAGGAUCCUUCUGUGCAGCACAAGAAGAAAAAUACUAAAAACUCAAGAAAUAAGAACAAGCUAGAUGAGGCUCCAAUGAGCUCCACCACACCAUCCUUAGGACAGACUGAAGAGGGCAUUGAAAAAGGUCCAAUUGAUUGCCAGAAAACUCAUCCCCCAGCAUCAGUGGUGGAGACUGUUUCUGUUCCAGCUCAAAAUUCUAGUGAGAUUCCAGGAACACAAGGUUCCAAGGAUGUUAUAGUUACAUCUUCCAAGCACGAGUGGUCCAAAGCAACUGAAGAAGCACGUGCUAGGACUAGCAACCAAUGGAAACCUCAGCCUCCUAGGAGGUCAGCAAGAAACCAGCAGGGUAUCAAGCCUGGAGACAAGUUUCAUGCUAGUGAGGCUGUCGUCUGGGCACCUGUAAAACAACAAAACAAGAAUGAGCAGCAGCCUGUGGAAAUCAGCCAGAGCAAUAUGACUGAUGCUGGCAGACAAUCUUUGGAGAAGAAAGAGCAUGAUAUUCAAAAUGGUAUGAAAACAAAGAGGGCUGAAAUGGAGAGGUAUGUUCCCAAGCCUGUGGCCAAAGAAAUGUCACAACAAGAAAAUUCCCGGCAACCUUCUUUCCUCAAGCAGGGAGCAUCUAGUGAUAAGUCUGGGAAACCUGAAUUUGAUUCUAGGAGUCUUGAUAGUGGCAGACCUGAUGGUUUGGUAGUUGGAAAGACAGAAUUUCCUGCUGAUACCAAGAAUGGAGAGGAGAAUAAACCUAGCAGGCGUGGCAGGACACAUGCUUCUUGGCGUCAAAGGAAUUCAGCUGAAUCUGCAUCAGCCUUUCAGAGUUCUGGUGAAGGUUCAGGCUCUUCUGGUGCUAAAGUUGUCCAGAACCCUUCUGAUCAGCACCAACUGUUAAAGCCUGAUAGCCAAUUAGAAAAGCAGUUUAAAUCUGAUGAGUGGGACAGUAAUAAUGAUAAUGCAGUGCCAACCGAACCGAUUGCCUCACUUGCUGGUGUGAAGGAUGAAGGAAUAACUAGCAGACAAAGGCGCCAACAAUUUAAGGUCCAUAGAGUUGCAGGAAAUAAUCAUGCCCCUGCUGGAAACAAGGAUUUGCAGACUGGGAUAGAUGAUAAAAGUGAUAUCCAAACUCCAGCCUCUGACUUAAAUGAACCUGAUUUAAGAAAUGCUUCAAAAACUGAGAACAAGAAUUCUGGUGGUGAGCAUAUGAGGUCUCAUUGGAAGCCGAAAUCUCAUGCCAAUUCACAUAAGCAAGGAAAUAGGGGCAAUGGAGGGCAAAGAAUUGCUUUUCAUAGUGGCAGAUCUGACAAGGAGUUUGCUUCAAAAGGUUUUGAGAGUAAUUCCUUGCAGGAGGAUGCUAACGCCCUUAUCCAAAAAAAUGGAGUUGGUGAAUCCCAUCAAGAAGCUAAACGGUACAUGAAGGUUACUGUAGAUCCAUCAAAGCAGCAGAUCCAUACCCCAAACCAAGAUGUGCCAAUUAAUGCUGAGCUAGGCCCAGAAAAUGUAGAAGCCCAGCAUGAACAUCAGGUUAUUCCAGCACCACGACGACAUGGACAGCAUAAUGGGCGCUUUAAUAGAGGCCAAGAAGCAGCUUAUAGAGGUAGGGAUCCAGGGCAAGAUGCUGGCAGGCAAAAUUUUCACAGAAAUGGUGACAGGAGAAAAACUAACUCACAGUAUGAGUACCAGCCUAUUGGGCCUUAUGACAAGUCCGGUGAUUCAUCUCAGUGGAACUCUCAUGUUGGUGAAGAAGCAUGGGACGGUUCCCAGGCUCCAGGACUGAGGUACAGGGAGCGUGAUCAGAAUCACUCAAGACACGGCAGUCAAUUCUUCAGGCGGAGCAGUGUUACUGCAGUUCAUGUUGGCGAGCCUUUUAAUAGAGGCUGAAUGUUGAUACAGCAUGCUGAAGAGCCUGGUUGGCAUGACACUUAGGGCAUCGUUGAGAUCAGUUAGCCAUGCAUUUUGUUGACCUGGUUAUUCCCUAUGCUGGAUUUGAUUAGUAAUUAGUUCCACUCCUUGUACUCCAUGCGAUGCCUCGGUCAAAGUGAGAGUUGAAGCUAAAUGGGUUUCUCCGCAAGCAGGAGACUGGUUUGCUGGAUUUAGGAUGUUAUGUUGGACUGGACUUGUUUUGCUUCCAUUCCUGAAUUCCAUGUCGAAUUCUUUUAAAAACCUGAAAGUCAAAUGAAUUCUGUUGAAGGAGGCAUAUUUGUCAGUGGCUUUGAUUUUACCAGCUGUGUUGAAGUGUGUUGCGUUUAGUUCCAGCUUGUUUACUGUGUAUGAACUCCUUUAUGUGGAACCUUGUACAUACUUGUGAAACCCUAUGAUGGGCAGAGCAUGGAGAUUUUCUUUCUUUUGACAUAGCAGACCCCUCUUGCUAUCUCAGCAUGCUAUUAAACACUGGAAUGCAUCUUGUCCUUCUGCCA